AUGGUAGAUUGCAACCCGAGCAAGUAUCCAAUGGAAGCAAAGUUGCAACUCGGAAAGGAUGCGGAAGGAAUCGUUUGUAAUCCCACCAAGUAUAGGCGUGUCAUCGGAUGUCUCAGGUACCUAACCCAUACUCGACCCGAUAUCUUAUACGCAGUUGGCAUGGUGAGUCCUUACAUGGAGCAGCCUACCACUUUACACCAGCAGGCGGUGAAGCAUAUUCUUCGUUACAUAAAGGGAACAAUGAGCUACGGGAUUCAAUACAAAAGAGGACAAGGAGCUGAAGAACUCGUCGGUUUUACUGACAGUGAUCUAGCCGGUGAUAUAGACGACAGGAAAAGCACUGGAGGGAUGGUAUUUUAUCUCAACGGGAAUCUAAUCACUUGGCAAUCUCAGAAGCAGCGAACCGUUGCUCUAUCAUCCUGUGAGGCAGAGUUCAUGGCAGCCACUGCGGCAUUAUGCCAAGCAUUGUGGCUGAGAAGCUUGUUGAGCUAG